AUGGAGGAGGUGCCACUGGAAAGAGUCAAGACCCGGCGGAGGAAGGGUCACUGCCCGGCCGGUGCACCCCUGGGCGCCAUCGCCUGCGAGGACGAGUUCAACAGCCAGGAGCUGGAGGCGCUCUUCCAGAACUACAACCUGAAGCUGGAGCAGACCGCCACCCUCAAAGCGCUGGCGGUGCUCAUCGUGGCCGCGUCGUCGCUGUCUCUGGUGGAGCUGCUGUCCAGCCCGCGUCUCACCUUGUCCAAGGGCUCCUACCCGGUGCACUGCGUGGUGUUCCUGUCGCUGUUUAUCGUCACCAACGUCAAGUACCUGCAGGUGACGCAGCUGCAGCAGAUCGCGAAGCUGGCCCUGUUGUUCAGCUUCACCUUCGCGCUGCUCUGCUGCCCGUUCCCGCUGGCGCUCGGCACGUCGGAGCCGGUGAGCGCCGCUGCCCCUGAGCAAGGCGUGUGGCAGCUCAUGCUCGUCACCCUCGUGGCUUACGUGCUGCUGCCGGUGCGGACGCUGAUGGCCGUGCUGUUCGGGGUGAUGCUGGCCGCGUCCCACUUCAUUGUCAUAGCGACGUCGGUCACGGGGAGGAAACAGAGGCUGUGGAGACCGGUAAGUGUCCGCGUCUGCAUCCCGGUCAGCUCUCCGGUCACUGCUGCCGUCCGCCUUAGACAGCAGCCGCGUUUUUCACUCCAGCCGUCGUCAUGUAGAACAGGCAGUGGGGACGCGUCGCCCCUUCCCUCGGCAACGGGAGUCCAGCUGGUGGCCAACGCGGUGCUGUUCACCAGCGUCAACUUGUCGGGGGUGUUUGUGAGGAUUCUUACCGAGCGCGCCCAGAGGAAAGUCUUCCUGCAAGCCCGCGGCUGCAUCGAGGAGAGGCUGAGGCUCGAGGAUGAGAACGAGAAGCAGGAGCGUCUGCUAAUGAGUCUACUGCCCAGGAAUGUUGCCAUGGAGAUGAAGGAGGACUUCCUGAAGCCGCCUGAGAGGAUCUUUCACAAGAUCUACAUCCAACGUCAUGACAAUGUCAGCAUCCUGUUUGCGGACAUUGUGGGUUUCACCAGCUUGGCCUCUCAGUGUACAGCUCAGGAACUGGUCAAGCUGCUCAACGAACUCUUUGGGAAGUUCGAUGAACUGGCUACAGAGAAUCACUGCAGGCGAAUAAAGAUCCUGGGGGACUGUUACUACUGCGUGUCGGGACUGACCCAGCCCAAGGCAGACCAUGCCCACUGCUGUGUGGAGAUGGGCCUGGACAUGAUUGACACGAUCGCGUCAGUGGUGGAGGCGACAGAGGUGGAUCUGAACAUGCGCGUCGGUCUGCACACGGGACGGGUGCUGUGUGGCGUGCUGGGCCUCAGGAAAUGGCAAUAUGACGUCUGGUCAAACGAUGUCACACUGGCGAACGUGAUGGAGGCCGGAGGGCUGCCGGGCAAGGUGCACAUCACGAGGACCACCCUGGAGUGUUUGAACGGAGACUACGAGGUGGAACCGGGCUUCGGACACGAGAGACACGCCUUCCUUCAGAAACAUCACAUAGAGACUUUUUUCAUCGUGCCAUCACACAGACGCAAAAUCUUUCCGGGCCUGAUUCUGUCAGACAUCAAACCGGCCAAGAGGAUGAAGUUCAAGACCGUGUGCUACCUGCUGGUGCAGCUCAUGCACUGUAGGAAGAUGUUCAAGGCCGAGAUCCCCUUCUCCAACGUCAUGACCUGUGAGGACGAUGACAAGCGGAGAGCCCUGCGGACCGCGUCGGAGAAGCUCAGGAACCGGACGUCCUUCUCAGCCACCGCCGUGCAGCACUCGCCGGGAACACGAGUCAACCGCUACAUCGGGCGGCUCAUCGAAGCGCGGCAGACCGAGUCGGAGACAUCAGACCUCAACUACAUUACCCUGUUCUACAGGAGCAGAGACAGGGAGCGCAGGUAUCACCAGGUGUAUGACGACCAUUUCAUCGGAGCAGUGGUUCUCUCUCUGAUCCUUGCUGCUCUGUUUGGCCUUAUCUAUCUGCUAAUGAUCCCUCAGGGGAUGCUGGUGCUGCUGCUGCUGGUGCUGUGUGUGUGUUUCCAUGUGGCCUGUGUCAUGUACCUGCAUCUCACCAGUGUUCAGUGCCAACCAGGCUGCCUCACCAUCCAGAUCCGAACACUGCUGUGUGUGUUCCUCGUUCUGCUAACCUACUCUGUUACCCAGGCCUGUGUGGUUGGAUGUGUUCCUUGGGGGAAAGUUGGGACAAACUCCAGCCGCCCCGUGGAGGACGUCCCUGCAGACGUGCUCGACGUCGGACUCUCCAACAGCACGGAGGCAGACGUGGCUUGUGCCAACAUGGCGUACGCCCUGCUGUCCUGCGUGGCUGGCACUCUCACUGUCGUCCCCUACCUCCGGGUGUCCUCGCUCCCCAAGAUCCUCCUGCUCCUCCUCCUCUCUGUCACCUACACCGUCGUCAUGGAGACCAGCGGCUAUCGCCAAGCUGUGGGUGGUGGUUUUCUCCACACGCGAGGUUAUGACCCCGUGUUGGCGGUCUUGUUGUUUUCUGGGGCUCUGGCUCUUCAUUCAAGACAACUGGACCUGAAGCUGCGGCUCGACUAUCUCUGGGCCACUCAGGCGGAGGAGGAGAGAGACGACAUGGAGAAGGUGAAGCUGGACAACAAGAGGAUCCUUUUCAACCUGCUUCCGGCUCAUGUGGCUCAACACUUUCUCAUGUCAAAUCCCAGGAACAUGGACCUGUACUACCAGUCCUAUGCUCAGGUUGGAGUUCUGUUCGCCUCCAUCGCCAACUUCAACGACUUCUACAUCGAGCUGGACGGGAACAACAUGGGAGUCGAGUGUCUGAGGCUGCUCAAUGAGAUCAUCGCUGACUUUGAUGAGCUGAUGGAUAAAGAGUGCUACAGGGAUAUCGAGAAAAUCAAGACUAUUGGCAGUACAUACAUGGCUGCAGUAGGGCUGGUUCCUACAACUGCCUCCAAGGCAAAGAAGUCCAUCACCUCACAUUUAUGCACAGUGUCUGAUUUUGCCAUCGAGAUGUUUGACGUCCUGGACGCCAUCAACUACCAGUCUUACAACGACUUUGUCCUGAGAGUGGGUAUCAAUGUGGGCCCAGUGGUGGCGGGAGUGAUUGGAGCCAGAAGGCCUCAGUAUGACAUCUGGGGAAACACAGUGAACGUAGCCAGCAGGAUGGACAGUACCGGAGUACAAGGGAAGAUACAGGUGACAGAGGACGUCUAUCGUCUCAUCACAGACCACUACGACUUUGUUUGCCGCGGACAGGUCAGUGUGAAGGGCAAAGGUCAGAUGCUCACGUACUUCCUGGAGGGGCGCAGACAAGGCAGCAGGCCGUCGCAGACCCAGCAGCAGCCCGGCGCGUUCACCCACGGCAGCGUGUGCACCAGGCUGAGCCACGCCCCGACCGUCGCCACCUACGCUAGCAUCAGGACCCCGAGCCCCAGCAUGGCCAGGCCAACCACCUCCACCAGCACCACCAGGUACCUGCCCUCUGUCCCCACGGCAAUGGUGUGACGGAUGCUGUCUCCAAGGUGACCGUGGAAAGCAAGAAAGCGACGGCAGAGGUGGGGAAAUAGCAUGGACGGCGACAAGCUAGCAGUAGCGGAAAGAGCUGAUUGUAAAGAGGAAAAGUCGUUCUCCACUCUUCUUCUACUGUCUGUGAAACACAGAGAGGCUGAAACACCGAUCGUCCAAUGGCAGGCCUGAACUCGGGCCUCGACUAGGUUUAGGACUGACCACAGGAGUCUGAGGCGGCCGCGGUCGGACGGGAUCUGAACGGGGAUCCAGGAUGCUUUAGCCACGUUGCUCUGUAGUCGAUCGAAGGCCGAGGAUGUCUCCGGGAUUUCGGAGCCGACAGCUAAAACUAUAUCCCCAAAAAGAAUCUGCAUCAAAAUAAAACACGUCGCAAUGCACAAUUGAUAGUGUAGCACGCAAGCCUCAAACACACCCAGAAAUUCCUUUAACAACCUUAGCCGACCCUUUUCCCUCAGUAUAAAACCAAAUCAGUGCUGUUGCCUUAGCGACCACUCCUCACAAUGAGUUCCUUGCCAUUUGUUUGUUGCCUUUUUGGAUCCUUUAUUGAUUUCUUGGACACCAAUUCAGAUGAAUUAAUUACAGGGGCAUUGCUGUCCAUCAGAUGUUUGUUUUUACAGUGGAUGAAGCCAAAUGUAUAAUUGUAAAUGGCAGUUAAUGGUAUAAACUUGCAAAAAUACGAAAGGGCAUUGCCUUCAAUAAUUUCCGGGUGGGCGACGCAGUACAUUUCUGCCCCUUCACUGAAACCCUCUAACGGCACAUGAUUCCCUGAGCCAAGCUGCUCGGUGUCUUUAGGUGCAUGAUGCCACUGCUGCAUUUCAGUCAUGUUUGCUGUCUGUUUCCCUGUGAUGCUUGACUUCCAGAUUCUUCCUCGUCAAAGUGUAGCAAUAAAGCAGUUUGUCUCCUCUCUCAGCCUGUUCACCCCUUGCAUGCUGUAGCCAGCUGGAUCCUAUUUUGACCUGAUAGUGUAUGUAGCCGAUAGAGUGUGCAUACCGUAGCUAGCCACACCAGUCUGUAUCUCUGUGGAGUUGAAGCAUGACUUAGAAAACUUAUUUUCUGUAUCGUGCGAGUGUGAAAAAACGGCGUGCUUGUUUGUUAAGAAAUAUUUUCUAUUGUUAAAAUAUUCCGUUUGACUAUUUUUAUGAACUAAAAGCUGCUUUGGAUAGAGAAAAGAAAAAUCUGCUCUUUGCGAGGAGACACCCAAACCUCCGUAUCUGGCCUCCUCACACAAAUCCAGAGGAUUGAUUUUAUGGUAUAGCAUGCCGCUCGCCGUACGGCUUACCACAGCCAUUAACUCUCCUCUGAUCUGCUCUAGCAUGCCCUGCCUGCAAGCCUGUGGCUCUCACACGCAUGCUUUGAAGAGACACUGAUACAGGCCGAGCAGCGGGCACACAGUGACUCUGUUUCAAUGUAGUCCUCGUGCAUGCGCUAAAGGUAGCGGUGUCCUCUUGAAUGUAAGGUGCUUUUUUGACCCGUGUCUUCUUCAUGAGCUUGGUGUGCGAACCUUUUUGAGGACGUCUUUCAGGACAGUUUGACAUCAGGCCGGGGUUUUUCCUCCUCCUCCCCGCUCCUGCUGUAGUCAACAGGUAGCUGGUUUAUCAAAUGUGCCAACCUAUUUUCAUAAACAUAUCAAACUUUUCGUCUUGAGCUGUAGCGCAACCGAAUGUGUGGCUACAGCUUUUGUGGGUUUCCUUUUGUUGAUUGCCUGUAUUUUUACUGUUUGAGCUGUUCCUUAACAGUUUUGUAACUCGAAAUGAUGGCAAGUGUUGAUUUUGGAGAGAUUUAUUUGGACACCAUAACCUGAUUGAGAUGAUGUUGUUUUACUUCUUAUCAUAUUUAACAUAGAUUUAAAGUCUAUAUGGGAGCUUGAGUGCUUACUUUGAGUUUCUUAAAGGUUAAAAAUGAGGAUUUUUAUACACUUGCUUUAAACGGUCGAUGGAAAGUUGGUGGAAAGGGGUUAUGUACAAUAUUUUUCCUGUAAAUUGGAUAUUUUCAUACUGUAUAAUACGGGUUUAAAUUGUUAUAUGUAGGUAUUACUAGCUAUUAUUGUACAUUGUAGAGUCUUUUUCAGAGAUAUAUUAUGAAUGAUAAGAUAUUUGUCAAGUUUUUUGUUGAAGACGUAUUUAUUGAGAUGUUUUAUGUGAAUGUAAAUUUUGUUAAAGAUGAUAUUUUAUACUAAGUGUUUGCACUGCGAUGAUAUUGACGUAUUAUGAUUAUAAAAAUAAAGCCAGUGGGGACGUGUCUCCUGCAGUAAGUGCA